AUGCUCUUCAGUGUAAGUAAACAUGCACAUAAGCAACACUUUUCUCUACACUGUCUUCACAGUUGUGUGAGUGAAGAGGUACUGGAGAAGCAUAAGGAAACAUGUCUGGAGGUAAAUGGAACUCAGGCUGUAAUACUUCCCAAGGAAGGAACAAAAAUAAAGUUCAAAAAUCAUAGAAACUCAAUGCCUGUGCCGUUUGUGAUAUAUGCUGAUUUUGAGUCCAUACUGGUGCCUGAGGAGAGAAAAGAGAAGUCAGAAAACCCUGAGGAUGAAAGUAGUACGGACCUUUACCAGACACACAAGGCUUGUAGUUUUGGUUUGAAAACAGUCUGCCACUAUGAUGAUAAGUACUCCGGUGAGUAUAAGAGUUACGUUGGAGAGGAUGCUGCGCUGGUCUUCCUAAAGACGGUAGUAAAAGAGUCCUUCAGAUGUAGGGAAAUGACUGACAAAAUAUUCAGGAAGAAAAUGGUAAUUACACCCAAAGAGGAAGCAGAAUUCCUGGUUACAAGAAACUGCCACAUAUGUGGUAACGAUCUAUGUGAGGACCGUGUCAGAGACCAUGACCAUGUAACAGGUAAGUACCGCGGAGCUGCUCACAAUAUAUGUAAUCUGAAAUACAGAAUUACAUGGAAAGUACCUGUGGUUUUCCACAACCUGAGAGGUUAUGAUAGUCAUCUGAUUAUGCAGGAAAUUGGUAAGUUCAAGAUGGAUGUUAAUGUGAUCCCAAAUAAUAUGGAAAAAUACAUCUCAUUCUCUCUGGGUAAGAAUCUGGUCUUCAUAGACUCUAUACAGUUCAUGACUUCUUCACUGGAAGCACUGGUAAGUAACCUUUCACCCGAAGACUUCAGGAUAGUAGGUAAAAGGUGGAAGGGUGAGGACUUCAAUCUAGUGACACAAAAAGGAGUGUUCCCAUAUGAGUUCCUAGAUGAUAUUAGCAAACUCAAUACAGAAGGUCUUCCGAGCAAGGAUCAGUUCUACUCGUCACUGUAUGAGUCAGAGGUGAAGGAGGAAGAUUACGAGAAAGCUCAGAAAGUAUGGGAUCACUUCAAGAUGAAAACCAUGAGAGAUUAA